GUGGAGGCAGUUAUAGCAGCAAAGGGAGGGACCAAGUCCAUAUUAAUGCCCAUGAUUUUGGAAUAAGAGCAGGUGUCCACAUACUUUUGGCCAUGUAGUGUAGCUUCUCCAGUUGUAUAGAUUUUAGUUAUUCAAGGGCGCGUUAUCUAUUUUGUGCCAAAUGUCAAGUCACAGAUGUGAGAUUGACCUCAUUUGUGUGUGUGUGUGUAUAGACAAACGUGCACCAUCUUAUUUUGAAAUACUAUAAGAAGAUGGUGUGAUAUGUUUUGACCUCUGUAGGACCCCUUACAUUUAGCUUGAGGAUCACUAUUGUUGUAAGUAUGAUGAACUUGUAUGCCCAUUCUCCAGUGAAACUUGUAGGUGUGUUUACUCUGCAGUGACUCUUUAGAAGCUGUUCAAAACGGCAGUGCAUUUUAGCUGUUUAAAUUCUCUCUAACUCUGUUAAAGCUGUGAAACUAAUAUCUACUGCUACUUCGGAACCUCUAUGCAAACCAUUUCUGUUAGGAUAAUCUUCAUCCUUUUUAUUUUGUCAUAUCCUGUACUUCUUACACACUGCAGAGCAAACAAUGACUUGUCUAAUAUGGCUGCUUUUAGACGGCCCCAAUUCUGAGCUUUUUUUCCCACUAAAUUGUAUUUUGACCAAUCAGAUCAGCUCUGAAAAAGAUCUGCUGCGAAAAGAUCUGAUGUGAUUGGUCAAAACACCAAAUUAGUGUAAAAAGGAUCAGAAUUGAGCUGCCUGUGUGAACGCAGCCUACAGUAAGUAGUGAACUGAUUUUUGAAGCACAUUGUUUGAGUUAAAGCAAGCCUAAGCAUCUGUGGUAAAUAAGAAAAUCAUUCCAAAAAUGACAGUUGACAAACUGUAAAAUAGCCAAGUAGUGAGUCAGUUGUAUUGUUAAAAUAUGUCUGAAUUAUUUGAAUAAUGUUACAUUUUCAAGUACUUGAAAUAUAUAUUUUAACCUGGGGUGCAUUCAUUACGCCGAUUCUGUUGCAAAACGUUUAAUCUGUUGCACGAAAGGUUUACGCCAAACGGAAAAUGUUUUGUAACAAAUUAUUUUUAUUGGACAAAUUCAGGUAGGUCCCGCACCGUUUCGUGCUGUUUGGUUCUCAAACGGUUCCCGUUGCAAGAUGUAAUGAAUUUGAUUGUCAUUGAGGUUGUAAUGAUCAGUCAACACUUACCCAUUUAUCAUUCCACUCCAAGUGGAGUUCCACUCUUAUUUAAUUUUAACAGAUACAUGUGGUUUAACAUGAAUGUAGAGAUGUGUAAUCUCGGUUGAACUUUUUUGUAAAAAAAAGAUUUGCUUUAUUUGCAAAUGUUUUCCUUUGAUGGAAAAGUUUAAAUAGUUUUUAUAAAAUUUGCAGACAUCCUGUAUUAUUAUUAUUAUUAUUAUUAUUAUUAGGCACCCAGAAUUUUAUUUGACAAAUAGGUGUUAGCAAUCUGCUUUUAAUUUGUAUGAAACUGAAUUUAUUUUAUUUUAUUUGUCCUAUCCUUUGAACAAAUGAGGUCCCCUUGGCAUUUUGUGGUAUUUUAGUUGUUGCAAAGACUGGCAAACUUGUAAAUAUCAAAUAAAAUUGUACAAAAUUAUGUAGUUCUAUCUUAUUUAGGCCCAUGUCAAACUAUUAAAGUAACCGAGUGGAUUUAGUUCUGCCGCACGUGGGGCGCGAACCAGCUACUUUUUGCUUUCCUGCACACUGACUCGGUAUCAAAUUGUAUUGGUCACCCCCUGUAUAUAGCCUCGUUAUUGUGUUUUUAUUUUAUUUUUUACUUUAGUGUAUUUGCGCUGUUGGUUAAGGGUUUGUAAGUAAGCAGUUCACGGUAAGGUCCACACUUGUGGUAUUCGGCGCAUGUGAAAGUUUGAUUUGAUUUAACAACACAAUUAUUUUACACAUGCACAAUUUUUGCCAACUAGGGCCUAGCUAACUGGAUUAUGGUCAAAGCACCAUUUUAACAGAUUGCAUUUUGUUCUACCUGGAGCAGAUUGUCAAACAAGCAAUCUUCUGAAAAACACACAUCCACAUCCAGGGGUUAAACGGAGUGAGAGACAUAUGGGAACUGAAUCUGUUACAAGUUAGAAUCAAAAGACAGACACACAGAAGGAUAAAAAUGCCUCUUGGAUUGGGUAGAAGGAAGAAAGCGUCUCCACUAGUGGAGAACGAGGAAGCCGAGCCGAUCCGAGCGGGCCUUAAUGUCCCAGGAAUGGACGGCCUGGGUGGAGGUGGUGUGGGGCUCGGGGAGGGUACUACCCAGGAGGGUCUGCCACCCCCACCCACCAGCCUGAGACCUCGUCUGAUCUUCCACACCCAGCUAGCACACGGUAGCCCCACGGGACGCAUCGAGGGGUUCAGCAACGUGCGAGAGCUCUACACCAAGAUCGGAGAGGCCUUUGGGAUCGCACCACCAGAGGUGAUGUUCUGCACUCUGAACACUCACAAGGUGGACAUGGAUAAGUUACUGGGGGGUCAGAUUGGGCUGGAGGACUUUAUUUUCGCCCAUAUCAAAGGCCAGAGGAAGGAGGUGGAGGUGUUCAAGGGGGAGGACGCCCUGGGGUUGACCAUCACUGAUAAUGGAGCUGGAUACGCCUUCAUCAAGAGAAUAAGGGAGGGUAGCGUGGUCCAUCAGAUCCAGGUCAUCAACGUGGGAGACAUGAUUGAGUCCAUCAACGGCCACAGUCUCAUUGGCUGUCGACACUACGAGGUGGCCAAGAUGCUCAAGGAGCUGCCCAAGGGGAAGGACUUUGUUCUCAAGAUGGUGGAGCCCUUGAAAGCCUUCGACAUGAUCAGCCAGAGGUCAGGAGGGGCCCGGGCUGGCUCAGGAACCCAGCUGGGGACAGGGAAGGGCACCCUGCGUUUACGCUCCAAAGGCCCAGCCACUGUGGAGGAGCUGCCCUCUGCGUUUGAGGAGAAGGCCAUAGAGAAAGUGGAUGACCUCCUGGAGAGUUACAUGGGCAUCAGAGACAGUGAGCUGGCUGCUACAAUGGUGGAGCUGGGGAAGGACAAAAAGAACCCAGAUGAGUUUGCCGAGGCGUUGGACGAGACUCUUGGUGACUUCGCCUUCCCGGAUGAAUUUGUUUUUGACGUCUGGGGUGCCAUCGGGGACGCCAAGGUCGGCCGGCUGUAACCGGAGGGAGCAGGGCAACAACCUGUGUGUGGUUUUGAAUGCUGAGGCACCAACCUGCAACAAACAGAACUGCUAGGAAACACCACACUACCAUCAUGUGAUUUACUUAUUGUUUUCUGUGUACUUAUUAUUUUUUACGUGGAGUUUACUACUCUUGUUGGGAUACUUUUGGGAGAGACUCUUUGGGAGGAUAGAGACAGUGUAUGGGAGAGGAUAGAGGACUCUGAUCACUAGCUCUGAUCACUCGAUCAGGCUGAAAAUACUCUCAUCAGACUCAAGACUAUUGAAUGCAAUACGUGGAGGUUAUUGUUUUCAAACAGCAAGUGCUUUUCAAUUUUCUUCCAGGUCUUGUGGUUGUGGACACACCUCCUGACCUUGAACACGUCACAUGUUAACUCCCAGGUCUUUGUUCCACUAGUCCUCUGAGGAACAAUCCCGAGAACAACAAGUGGGAGAAGUGAGGGACCACGGCUUACAUACACCUACCUUUUGAAGUUUGAGUUCAAACAAACUGUGAUGUUUUCCCCCCACUUUGCACUGUUGCACUGCGCUGUAGAAAAUUAUAAGAAAAGUGCAUUGUACUUCACUGGAGCAGUCACUCACUACAUAGCACUGGUGCAUAGAACUGGACUACAGAAUGUGUGUUCAGAGAGGGGCGUAUUGAGACGCUCAGGCCCAGAAUGUUCUGGUCAAAUUGCAUGGUCAGAAAAGACAUCUUAUUAGCACGUGCUAUUAUUGUUUGUUUCCUCGUUGUGAGUUCUUUUGGUUUUAUGUGCCGUUGAGUGUCACUAUUGAAGGAGUGUUUUGGCUGCUGAAGGUUUACAAUGCGUAGGCUGUCACUACAAAAUUAGCUGCAGCUUUUUCUAUGGUUCAAACUACAAUCACUAUCAGUUUUUCUGAAGUGAAUAAGGUAUAGAAACAAGCUACACUUUACAUGCAGCACAUCCCAGUCUGGUAACAAAGAUAGUCCGAUUGGUUAAUACUUAAAUGGUCCCCUUUGCCAGGGAAACUCCAGUAUUAAGAAAAGCAGUGUUAUAUUACAGUAUUACAAGAAUACUCAAGAAUUUGAAGUACUUGUUUAAAAACUAUUGUCUUAUUGGUAGACUGAGCCUUUAAUUAUUAUUUUUUAAGAAUGUUUUUGCAGGAUUUUUUCAAGGAGUGGUGUUUUAAAUGAAAAAUGGAGUUGUGUAACUGAUGAGGAAUUUCCUCUGUUUUAAUUGAGUUGGUAAAAAUGAAAACUGAUAUCCAUGCCAAAAGCGUUGGCAUUUCCAAUAGACAGCAUUUUUUUAGGGACCAGACAGUCUCAACAUGAAGGAGCCAAAUAGUUAUGCACAUAAGUCAUGGAGCGGUCAAGUAAUGAAAGAAAAAUGCACCAUUAUGCAAUUCUGCAAUGAAAUGAAGGACCAAGUCCAACACUGUUACUUUAGGAAAGAACCUGGACACUACCAUAGGAACAGAAUGAUGUCGUUAUCAAACCAAACUACUUUCUGCAAAGUCAUCUUGGCUUUUAGUGACUUCUUAAUAGAUGAAUAAAAAAAAAAAACAUGCAAUAUGGGUCAAAGUUCCAAGAUAUAGAAAAUAAUUACUCAACAUAGAAAAUAUCUCUUUUCAUAACUUUAUGGGGUUGUAUCUUUUCCAUAGUCUAUCUCUGAAUGAACAACAUAUUUUUGUAGUAAGUUGUUUUUCUGUCUUUCAAUGCUGUUGAAGUAUAUCUAGAUGGUUACUGUCAUAAAAUACUGAUAAUAGCCA